CCGCAUUUUCAAAACACCAAUAUUAUCAUCGCCAUGAGUUGUGGUACUAGGUACCAGAAAUGGGACAAAUUCAUAAUUCCAAGUGAAGCGCUCCCAACCCUGCCGAACGCAUGUACUGUUGCACCUCUCCUCCAACUGCCAACGGAGAUCCUCAUAACCAUUUUCGACGAGGUCAAUCUUAUCGAUCAGCUUUGUCUUGCACUGUCUUGCAAGCGCCUUCUGCAAGUCUCUACCAUGGUCUCCUUGGAUGUUAGUGAUCCGGAUGCCCUUUCACUCUACUAUCGGUUGGGCCCUACCUCAAAAGACUGGAGAUUCUGUUUCGGUUGCACACAAUACCGUCCAACGAGGGAGAGCUACUGGAAAGCCAAAGCUAAUCUAGGGAACUGGGCUGAAGCUAAGGAUAAGCAAGACGAUAUGAUGGCGAUAAUCCAAGAUUGGGAGCAUCUUCAGACCAUGUUUUAUUGCCCGGAAUGCUUGGCGAAAAUGAGAUGUCUUUCAUGAAUGCUGGAAUAGUGCUGAAGUAGACAACAAACUAUGUAGUUAUCACAACUACCAUAGCACAUGUCAGAAG